UGUGUUGUUUCUAAAAUUACAGAAUUUUAAAUGAUUGAUUUCCUGAGUUUGGCAUUUUCUUCAUAACAAACAAGUUCAAAUCAAUUUUCAAGUUUACACCAUCUACAGUUCUAGGUACAAAUUACGAAACUUUUAAUCCAAUUUUUCAAAAUUCACAUUUUCACUGAUCCUUGCGAUUACAAUUUUAGUAAUAGGCAAAGCUGUUUGGCAAGAUAUGUAUACUUAUUUUUUCUAAUUUCCAACAAAAAAGUUAAAUUUUGGAAAUUCAAGGAAGAAAAUAAAUAAACGAGAAUUUCUUACUUUUUGGGCAGAGAGUAAGACUUUUUGGUAAUUAUUGGCAACAAAAAUGACGAUUUCUAGCAAAUUUUUUUCAAUAAAGAUUUUUUCAGAAUUUUCUGCAAAAAAAAAAAAAACAUUUUAGCCAGCUUUUCACAAAAUAAAAAGGUGAGAAUAGGUAUAUAAAAAUUUUUGACAAACAAGACAAUAUACGUAGUAGUUCUUGGCAAGAAACGAGACUUUUAGGCAAAUUUCAUAAACGGCGAGACUUUCUGCAACUUUCGGCAGAAAGCAAGACUCGGACAAUUUAUCUAUUAAAAUUUUUGAAAAAAGGUAUUUUCGAUUAGGUACUAAAAUUUUGAAAAUAAAUUGGGUUAUGAGUGGGAUUCUCGGGAAACGUGUCACGCGACCAAUCAAAAUGGGUUAAAACGCCAAAAAAAUCAAAAACUUUUUUCAAAACUUUCUUUAUAACGUUAUUUUAAAAAAUUUCAGGAAGAAAUUUGGCUGAUUUCUAAUAACUAUCAUAGGGCUAACUAGGUACUGGACAAAUUAAUCAAUUUCGGAUACAAUAUUCUUCAAAAGUGCUCAAAAAAAGUUCUAAUAUAAAUUUUUGAUUUUCUGUUAAAAAUGCUAGACACAUACACUGGCAGAAUGUUUGAAACGAAAAUUAUCAACUUUCUUCAACAUUCGAACAAAAAAUUAGGUAUGUGUUCUGCUGAAUAGGUGCGACCUCGAUAUUUCAAGACUAUUUAACUGACCAACAUAGAAACAUAAAACGUAAGUAUUUUCAUUAUCAAAAAAAGCACAAUUUCGGUACCUAUUAAACUGAUCAAGUUCGUUCUAAUUAACACGAUUGGAGUACGUCAUUGCAAGGGAUAUCACCAGUGGCAGGUAUUUUGAAAUAAGUUAGUAACUUUGUGCGAACAUAUUGUGCCAAUAUAUCAAGCAUUUUGAAAAUAAAACGGUCUAUUUUGUUAAAUGACUUGAGUUGAAUAUUAAUAUGAAAAUUAAAAAAAACAACGUUUUGAUUUUAACUUGUAUCGUUUUAUUCGUUGUGUAUUUCCUGUAUACGAGAAAAGGCUUGAAUACGCUACUUCUGCCACCACUGCCAGAAAUAACUGAUGCAGAACCGCCUGAACACACUCUAUGUGUACUGGUGCCAUUUCGAAAUGUUUUCGAAGAACUACUCGAAUUUAUACCUCAUAUGAACGCCUUUUUGAAUCGUCAGAAGAUCCGCUUUCAUUUCGUCGUUGUUAACCAGGUUACAGAUGGGAAUCGGUUCAAUAAAGGAGUCAUCUUCAACGCCGGGGUUAAAUUCAUUACAGAGGAUUACCAGGACUGUGAUUACUUGGCUCUUCACGACAUAGAUUUAUUACCUUUGAAUGACGAAAUUUCUUACGCUUACCGAGGGGACGUUGCUUUUCAUGUGAAGAGAGUUGACUAUAAUCAAACCGGAGAUGAAUACGAUCCUCAGAUUUAUAUUGGUGGAAUUUUAUUAAUAUCAAUCGAACAAUACAUUCGUGUGAACGGAUUCGGUAAUCAUUUCUGGGGAUGGGGAGGAGAGGAUAAGAAUUUCGGCUAUCGCUUGAGUAACCAUUCUGUAGUAAAAACUCGCCCAAUUAAUCUCAGCACAGGAGUAAACGAUACGUUCAAGUGGAUUCAUUCGCCGAGCCGUCCUAGAGAUCACAUUCGUUGUGCUAGUGAUGCGAGAUAUCAACUCAGAGAACACGAAUCCGAAACAGGAUUGCACGACGUGGAAUACGAGCUGGUGUCUGUGCGAUUUUUUGAAAUGGAUUGUGUCCCGUUUACCAUGUACAAUAUUAAAGUACCAUGUGAUGAGAAGAAAACACCGUGGUGUAAACCCACAGUCUGUUAAAAAUAUCAUAUGCAAACACUUAAUUACAAAACCGAAGUCAAAAAAAUCAUAUAAUUCUUUCAACAGCAUCAUCGCACAUACAAUGAAAUUCUACUCGUAUGAGCUAAAAUUCAAGUGGGCUGGUAAUAGUGUAGAAUUACUUGCGAAAAUCCAGUAAGAACUCGACUACCAAUUUUUUUUCCUCUUGCAGGCAAAAUUUGUGCAAAAUCCUCAUCAACCUGAUUUCAAUAGGUACUUGAGGUGUCACUCCCGAAAUCGGCUCAAAUGUAGGUAAACUCGUUAAACAGGUCGAAUAUAAUACACAACUCGAUUUUUAGCUGCCCAACUGCAUAUUCACGCCUUCUGGAGCAAAUUCAAAACUCUGGAGAAAUUGAAAAACUGCGCUGGAGGCUCCAGAAUGGCUGGAAAUAGUAAAAUUUGGAUUUGGGUAAUUAAUACCUACUGGUUUUGGGACCUAUUUUGACCAUUUUUACUGAUCAAGUACGUACUUUCAAAAAAAAAAAAAAAAAAAAAAAAACACAUACCUAACUAAAUUCCCAAAAAGAGUCAAUUUUGAAUUUUCAAAAAUCCGCCAAAAAUCGAAAAAUGCACUUGGGCAGCUGAAAAUUUGUUUUUGGGGGUUUUAGACUAUGCUCUUUCCAAAAAUCGCGGUCCCGUUCAAAUCGUAGCGUGACACCUCAAGAGAUUCCCUUGUGAGGCAUUUUUCUCCAGCACCACAUUUUCAGCGGGUCAAUUUUUCUCUUAUCUCUUUCUCGAACUGUCCAGGUUUCUGACGUAUAGAGAAAAACUGUGAAAACCAGAGCAUUUACAAGCCCCUUAUCUUCAAAGUUUUGCUCAUUGCUGCAUCUGAUCAUAUCUUCUUUAGGCGAGACAUGGCGCUUCGUGUGACUUGCGCUCUGUGUUUUAUCUCAGCUUCACUGCCGCUUUUGUUAUCAACAAUGGAUCCCAGGUACACAAAUUGAUUCACCACUGCUGAUUCACAAUCAUGAUCUUCGUCUUUGCUUUAAUUAUCAGCAAGCCAUAUUUUACUGAAACAUCUUCCUGACAUUUCAGAAAACUGACCAUAUUAUCUAGACUUGAGGCGAUGAGGAUUGUGCACGUCGUGCUGAUUUGACAUUUGAACGCCUCUGAUUUGACAUUCACCUGAGCCAUUGUCAUUGGCGCUUUCUGCUAAAAUUAGCUGCAGUGUCCCACAAAUUAUAAAUUCUCCAUAUAGGUUGAACAGGAGUGGGGAUAUAAUGCAGCCUUGUCAUACGCCUCUCUCUGGGUUGAAUUUCUCUGUUGAUUCUGAAAUUUGCCCUACUACCCUCAUACAAAUGUUUCAUCAGCCAUGCCAGAUGUAUUGGUGUGCCCAUUUUGAGUAGAAUUUUCUGUAGCUUUCGCUAUUGUACGCAGUCAAACGCUUUCUUGUAAUCGACGAAACCUAGCCAUAGCACAGUGCUCAACGUUCAACGCUUGUGCGCGACCUCUAAAUAUGUAUUAUUAUUUUUCAACAAAAUUUUUAUGGUGUCAUUUCUUUAUCAAAAGGAACAAAAUUAGGGGGUAAGACCUUAUGAUUUCAAAAAAAAAUGUUACAUGAACCACCCUAACCUCUAUAACUGAAAUAUUUUUCAAUUCAUCAUAUGUACUUCUUUUAUGCACUAGCUCACCUAUCUUAUCUGGUCGGUGCACUUGUUUUUUUUUCAAGUACUUGAUGGCAUUGAUGACCUCAUCAAGUAGGAUCUAUGGCUCCUUUUUCUGCAUGACGUUGAACCUAGGGUCAUCAGGUUGCUCCUCUUCCUCAGCGUAUAGCUUCUCACAGUACUUUUUCCAUAAUUUCUGCAACCUCUUCUGCAUUGGUCUCAACUUCACCCUCUUCAUCUCGAAUGAUCUGCUUGCUGGCUUUGAAUUCCCUGGCGAUUGACUAGAUUUUCUCAAAGAGCAACCUGGUCUCAUUCUUCUCAGUGUGUGACUCGAUUUCCUCACAUGUUGAUGAGAUGUGGGCAUUUUUAUCCCAUCUACACAACUUGGUUAUGCACUGAGACAGAAUUUUCGGUUACCUGUCGUGUUCUACAGUCUUUGACAGCAUUCUAUUCUCUUCUAUUGUCCCCGUUGUUUCCUCUGUAAACCAGUGCUUCAGUACUUUUGGUUCAGUCUUCGGAUGAGUGGUGUUAUAUGGCUCCUUUAUGUGGCUUUCCAGCUCGAACCACUGCUGGUUUAACUGCGCCUUGGGGUUCACAGCUGCUAAAAUUCAAGGGCUUCAUUCCAAACUGACCUAAGUCCAUUUUUUUAAUUUUUGAGUUAACAGCGUCAUCUGGUGGUACAGGUCGGUUACCAUCUAUAGAAGUUAUCCCAACACCUGGCAUCAAUUUUUUUGCUCAGGAGCGUUGUUUCACCUAAAAAUAUGUUUUCUCCAAAAUAUUUAGAAAGUGUGCGAAAUUUGAAAUUUUUUCAUGACAGAAGCGAAGACCAAACGUUCUCAAUAGUUUUCAUAAUCACCUUAUUCGGUUAAAUUUUACUGAUUUUUUUUUAGAUUCAAAAUAAUAUGAUUAAUGAUUAAAAUUGAAAUUUCAAGAUUUUUGAAAUUUUUUCUUCAAAUUUACUCAUUUUAUAAGCUGC